AUGGCGUCCAACAUGCUUCGAGGCCUCUGGCCGUCGGGUCCAGCCGACCAGACCACGCCCAAAGCAUCAAGCUCCCACUCAAACGGUGCCGAACGCAACCCUUUCGACAGCAUGCUGCCUCCUGCAAUGACAAAGCAAUCCUCUCGCUCCUCUCUCAACACCUCUAUCAUCACCAACCAUCUUCCAGGUGAUGUCACUCCCGGUAUGCGCACCCCUGGUGGCAUCACAUCCCAGUCUGCCAUUCCCACAACCUCGAUCUCACUCAGCGAUCCAGACUUUACCAUGAAGUUACCGCCACCAAAGCACAAGAACGAGCCCAACAUGCCUCUGGCGCUGCCUUCCAACCACACCGCCACACCCAUAUCCGACGCCGUGCCUACCGCCUCUUCUUCCACAUCUACUGACUCCGUAGCCUCUGUGAGCUCCGGCUCCGGCUCCGGUUCCGGUUCGAGCAAAACACGCAACACCUACGCGCCUCGAGGUCACCUCACCGUCAAAAUCGUCGCAGGUCGCAAUCUCGCCGUCAGCAGUCCCGCCGCCAGGCCCUACGCCGUGAUUCAGUUUGAUAAGAACGAAUUCAUCGGCCGCGAACCUGUCGAUGAAUUUGGCGAGGAGGCCAAAGGUGUCGCACAGCCCCGUUCCGAGGCUGGCGAAGCAGGUCGAAGCCGUGCAAGGACCGUCACACCCGCAGACGCCCUCUCACGGACAGGCCAGAACCACAACCCCGUAUGGAAGCACGAGGUUACCUUUGAUGUCACCCAGGAUUCCCAGCCCAUCUACAUCAGCGUCUACGACCGUCACUCGGAGGAUGAAGGCUUCCUCGGUAUGCGCGAAAUCAAGCCUCGCCUGGUGCACAAGAUGAUGAGCGACCAGUGGUACCCGCUCUCCUCCCGAGACGACGAAGAAGACAUGGAGAAUCACCGCGGCGAAAUUCGCGUUCAGAUCACCUACGAGCGCAUGCCCCAGAAGAAGCUCACUCCCCACGACUUUGAGUAUCUUAAGCUCAUCGGACGCGGCACCUUUGGUCGCGUCUUUCAGGUGCGCAAGAAGGACACCAAGCGUAUCUACGCCAUGAAGGUGCUUUCCAAGCGCGAGAUUGCGCUCAAGAAGGAGGUCACACACACCAUGGGCGAACGAAAGAUCCUCGAAAAAUCCCUCGACUGCCCCUUCCUCGUCGGUCUCAAAUUCUCUUUCCAGAGCGCCACCGAGCUCUACUUUGUCACCGACUACAAGUCCGGAGGCGAGCUCUUCUGGCACUUGCAACGCGAGGGUCGCUUCACCGAGGAACGCGCUCGAUUCUACAUUGCCGAACUCGUCCUCGCCCUCGAACAUCUGCACAAGUACGAUAUCGUCUACCGCGAUCUCAAGCCCGAAAACAUUUUGCUCGAUGCCACUGGCCACGUCGCCUUGUGUGAUUUCGGUCUCAGCAAACCUGACUUGGGCGCCGGUCAACUUACCAACACCUUUUGCGGAACCACCGAAUACUUGGCUCCCGAAGUGCUGCUCGACGAAUCGGGCUACUCGAAGCUCGUCGACUUCUGGUCCCUCGGAGUUCUGCUUUUCGAAAUGUGUUGUGGCUGGUCGCCCUUCUACGCAGAGGAUACACAGCAAAUGUAUCGAAACAUCUGCUUUGGCAAAAUCAAGUUUCCUCGCGGUGCCAUCGGUGACGACGGCAAGCAGUUUGUCAAGGGUCUGCUCAACCGUAAUCCACGUCACCGUUUGGGAGCCCAACGCGAUGCACAAGAUCUCAAAGAGCACCCUUUCUUCAAAGAUAUCGAUUUUGACGCGCUUUCCAAGAAACAGCUCACUCCGCCGUUCAAACCGCUGGUCGAAUCCGACGAAAGCGUGGCCAACUUUGAUCCCGAAUUCACCGAGACGGACCUCAAGGAUGUUGCUGUGAUUCCUGGUUUCGAAGGCUCGUCGACCGAUGCGGCCAAAGCGUUGCAGAAUGGAGACAUCUUGUCGGAGCAAGAUGCCAACGGCAAAGGGGUCGCAAUCAGCAAGAGCCGAGGUGGCGAGGUGGACGAUGAUCACUUGCUGACCAGGAGUAUUCAGGACAAGUUCAGGGGCUUCAGCUACAGCGGCACGUACGAAGGCAGUGUAGCGGGCAGCUUUGGUGGCCGGAGAGGAUCCGGCGGCUUUGGCUUGGCUGGAGCCAGUCUAGGCAUGAGCCGGAUGGGCGUCAACGACGAUGCUCCUAUGGAUGACGACGUAGCCGCUUUGGAGUCGUUAGACGCCGACGAAGUCAUGCACCCUCGCUGA